UAAAAACCAAGGAUAAAGCCAAGGAUAAAGCCAAGGAUAAAGCCAAGGAUAAAGCCAAGGAUAAAGCCAAUGAUAAAGCCAAGGAUAAAGCCAAGGAUAAAGCCAAUGAUAAAACUAAGAAUAUAUAG